CGAACGAAUCGUUCGCAAACUGCACAUCACGAACACGUGUGCGACCGGAGCUACCGCCAGACAGGGCAGAAGCCUGAUAACAUUAGAGGUCGAGGAAUAUAAAGGGCAUUUCGGUUUAUUUUCAACUGUUGUGAAUGCAUUACAUGACAUUUUUACAGACUUGACUUUAACAAGGCGCGCUGGGGAUGGUCGCACCACGCCACAGCUGACUGACAGAUCGCCAAUCGGAACUAGGAGUGAAAGGAAGAAAGUUCUCGGUCUCGUGGGUCGUUGUAUGUUUAGCAUCAAAGUGACUGAUCAAACACGAAAUAGAUUGUGUAUCAUGGCUGACUACUUGAUCAGUGGACAGACUGGUUACGUGCCCGAUGAUGGACUGAGCGGGCAGCAACUCUUCAACUGCGGGGACGGCCUUACGUACAAUGACUUCCUGAUUCUCCCAGGGUAUAUUGACUUCACAUCGGAACAGGUGGAUUUGACUUCAGCCCUGACAAAACGGAUCACCAUGAAAACGCCUUUUGUAUCCUCCCCUAUGGACACAGUCACAGAGUCAGCGCUGGCAAUUGCCAUGGCACUCACAGGAGGAAUAGGCUUCAUCCACCACAACUGCACUCCAGAGUUCCAGGCCAACGAGGUCCGCAAGGUCAAGCGGUACGAGCAGGGUUUCAUCACAAACCCGGUAGUGAUGAGUCCUACAGACCGUGUGGCCGACGUGUUCCAGGCCAAGGCACGCCACGGCUUCUGCGGCAUCCCCAUCACAGACAACGGCCACAUGGGGGGCCACCUCGUUGGCAUAAUCUCCUCGCGUGACAUUGACUUUCUGAAGGAGGAGGAGCACAUCCUGCCUCUCAGUGAGGUGAUGACAAAGCUGGAGGACCUUGUCAUUGCUCCAGCUGGAGUGACACUGAAAGAGGCCAAUGAGAUUCUGCAGAGGAGUAAGAAAGGUAAGCUGCCCAUAGUGAACGAGGAGGGCUGCCUGGUGUCCAUCAUCUCCAGGACAGAUCUGAAGAAGAACAGGGACUUUCCCCUGGCCGCUAAAGACUCCCGCAAACAGUUGCUGUGUGGGGCAGCCAUCGGCACGCACAACAAUGACAAGUACAGACUGGACCUGCUGGUGCAGAGCGGAGUAGACGUGGUCGUACUGGACUCCUCUCAAGGGAACUCGAUCUUCCAAAUCGACAUGAUUAAGUACAUCAAAGAGAAAUACCCACAGCUUCAGGUCAUUGGAGGCAAUGUGGUAACUGCAGCCCAGGCCAAGAACCUGAUCGAUGCCGGGGUGGAUGGCCUGCGCGUGGGCAUGGGCAGUGGCUCCAUCUGUAUCACACAGGAAGUGUUGGCAUGCGGGCGUCCCCAGGCCACCGCCGUGUACAAGGUGUCGGAGUACGCCCGUCGAUUCGGGGUGCCAGUCGUUGCCGACGGGGGCAUCCAGACCGUGGGGCACAUUGCCAAAGCCCUGGCACUGGGGGCAUCUACAGUGAUGAUGGGCUCACUCCUGGCUGCCACCAGUGAGGCUCCAGGUGAAUACUUCUUCUCUGAUGGCAUCAGGCUGAAGAAGUACAGAGGCAUGGGCUCACUGGAUGCCAUGGACAAGAACCUGGGCUCCCAGACCAGAUACUUCAGUGAAUGUGACAAGACUAAGGUGGCCCAGGGUGUGUCGGGGGCAGUCCAGGACAAGGGCUCCAUACAUAGGUUUAUUCCCUACCUGCUGGCUGGGAUCCAGCACUCCUGUCAAGACAUCGGAUCCAAGAGCCUCACCCAGCUCAGAGCCAUGAUGUAUUCUGGGGAUCUGAAGUUUGAGAAGAGGACGAAAUCGGCCCAGAUGGAGGGAGGAGUCCACAGCCUGCACAGUUAUGAGAAGCGCCUGUUCUAAGGAAGAGAACACAGUAGUGGGCUGCAGACUUGUGUUCCUCAAGCAUACGCACAUGCAAGCACAAACAACUACUUGCCAACCCCAAAUCUGUCUGUGCCUUUGAGCAAGGCACUUAACACUAAUUGCUCCAAGGUUGCCGUUGAUAAUUGCAGAUCCUGGCCGUGACCCCACUCUCCUAGUGUAUCUCAGGGAGUUGGGAUAUGCAAAAAUGUGUUUCUAAUUCACACAUGCGUAUUAAUACACACGUGUACAUGUGUGAAAUAGGAAAAAUAUUAGCAUCCACAAUUAUUACACACUCACACAAGUGCUGGGCGAUUAGUUCCUUUUGAAGGUAGUUUCGGAUCGAUUAUGAAAAAAUAAAUCGGUUUCGAUUAUUUUUUUAAACAUUAAAUGCAUUAUGAAAUAAUGACAUUAAAAUGAUUUUAUAGCUUUUUAAUGGAAAUUCCAAAACCAAAAAUAGUGAACAUUCAAUUGCCAAACUAAAAAUACUCCAUGGUCUCUUUCACAUUCGGUUGACAUCAAAAGAAAAACAGGAAAUUACUAUGAAAUAAUAUUUCAGUUGUGUAUAUUACUUACUUUUUAUUUGAUAACUUUAUUUUUCAUUCCUUGAAGUCAUCAUGUAUUACUUAGUCAUCCUAUUUAGCUAACUGGACUAAGCAUGCUGCAGAGCUGUCUGAUGUAAUCAUUUGACUAGUUAUUCAAAGUAGAUGAGGCAUACUUUCCCAAACUGUCUCUCUCUCGUUGUUGUGCAGUAGCGGUAUAUGGGUAAAAUCACUGGGGAAGCCAAGCCAGCCAGGGAAAGAAAAUCCAAAUUAUAACCUAUAUGUUGUGAUAAUUGCGUUGUUUGCUCUAUAACCUGUUAGUUCACAUGCCUUGACACCGUGAUAUAUAUAGAAGACACAGUGGCAUAAUACAUUCAACCACACCUUUGUUUCGUCACAAAACCAGGGAGCAACAUCUGUCCGGUGGAGUCCACAAAGCAUAUUGCAUAUAACAAACAGUUACAUGACCUACAGCAUAAUCAAGCACGUUAAUGUUAGCGAUAUUUUCGGACUACUAAACAACUACUGAUUUAGAACACCAGAGAGUUACCAACCGCAAGUCGCAAAGAAAACAGGAGCCUCCACUAUUCCAGCACCAUUUCAAUAUCAUCAAAUCACCUCUGCUUAGUCUAAUACAGUGACAACUAAACGAUACCAAACACUAUUUAGUCCAAUAAACAUAAGCUAAAUAUGAUGUGGCUGUCCAUGGUACUGAUUUCUGUGUGUGCGGCGUGCUUGCAAGUAGAAAAACGUGGACUCGCUUAACUUGUAUAGAAACGCCAAUUCCAUCCUCUCAUGUUGCCAAAACAGUCCAUGACUCUGUCAUAUACAGUACAUAUUUGUAGUUUUUGCUGUCCAAGGCUAACUGGCUAAAAUGCUUGCUCGCUAGCCUAACUUCCUUCCAUGGUCAACAAUGAGCCAGCUAGUUAACAUCAGGCCAGGGGCACAAUAUAUUAAUUCAUGGUUGGAUCAGAAUCACCGUUAUAAUCAAAUAAGAAUGUUUUUAACUGACUUGCCUAGUUAGAUUUUUUUUAAAUUGGCCAGACAGAGAAUUAAGUAAAAUCACAAGUCCAAAUCCCUAUUGCCAUCCAUGGCUGUUUUAGAUGACUAACCACCGGAGGACAACACAACAAUUCAAGUUUUUUUCAAAUCCAAACUUGCUUCCCUUGACCCUUUUUUUUUUUGGUGCGCCAGGACCAUUCACAGUUUAGAUUAAUGCUGAUUGGCUAAUAUUUUAUAUUGGGGAGGGCCAAUGUUCGCUGGCUUCGCUUGCAUUCAAUGCUACGGGUGGCAACAAUAUCAUCCUCUUUUGGACCAGACAUCAUCUGAUAGAUGGGCUAUAGAGACAGAGAGCCUCUUGCGAAUUUAAGGAAAACUAAACAGAUUUGUAUAUUUUCCCAUUUUUGGGGGAAACCCAGCUUCCCUUGGCAUCCAUGAAUAGACACCACUCAUGUUGUGUACAUUCCUUUUUCAUCCAGUCUAUAGGUAUCUAACCUAACGUAGCAGGCGUAAGUGUAUCCAUCUCUGUCCAAGCCAGAAAGGACAGGCGCAAUUAAUUUGAUCAUUAUAGUUAAAUACCAAUUUUCUGCACUAAACUAUGUUGAAUAUUUGCUUAAUGAAAACUACAACACCCUUCUGCACAGCGUUCCACAUAGUUCUUGACUUGAUUUCUCUCGUGAAUGAUUUGAUUUAUUUCCAUAGAAACGGCGUGUUGGGCUCUCACAAAAAAACAAGUGGUUUAAAUCAAAUAAAAAACGACAUUACAGUUAAUCGCUCAGCACUAACACAAACAUAAAUGACCUUAACCAUCAGUCUUCCCUGACACAGACAGACAUGCUCUGCUCUCCCAGAAAGAGCAUGUCUGUCUGUCAGUACUGUGAUGGAGUGUUUUUGUGUAAUCAGAUGCCUCCCAUGUCCUUCUGAAAUGAACUGACUUUGAAUAAGUAAAAUAAAAAAAGUAAACAUUUUCAACAAG